ACCAAACCUUGGAGCACCUGGGCCCAUCUCCACCUUUCUACUGAAAUUUAUAUUGUGGUAAUUGUAGGUUUACAUGCGGUUGUAAGAAAUAAUACAGGGAGAUCCCUUGCACACUUUGCCCAGUCUCCCCCACUGGUAACACUUUUGUAACCCUCUAGUGCAGUGUCACACCCAGGACACUGGCAGGUGCAGUCCACAGGCCGGGGGGUGUGUGUGUGUGUGUCUGUCUGUGUGUGAAGUUCUACUGUCUCCACCUUUUGAUGUAGGAACCUUACACCAGGGCUGCUUUAGGAAGGACUCAUCUCUCCCCAUCCCACGCUGCUCUCCGCACAGCCGUGCUGAUUACAUACAGGAACGGGCCACCCUCCUGCUGCUUUCUCCUGUUAUCUGAUUACAUCUCUGUCCACAGUGGCAUUUUGUCAGCACUUGGGAACUUCCUGGCCCAGUUGAUUGUGAAGAAGCGGGAAAAAGAAAACUCCCAAAAGCUAGAUGUCAUUGGGCCUCUCAGAUAUGCCAUUUAUGGGUUCUUCUUCACAGGGCCACUGAGUCACUUCUUCUACGUCUUCAUGGAGCACUGGAUCCCUUCCGAGGUCCCCUUGGCUGGGCUCAAGAGGCUCCUGCUGGACCGCCUCCUCUUUGCGCCGGCCUUCCUGUUGUUGUUCUUCCUCAUCAUGAACUUCCUGGAGGUGAGGGCCAGCCGGCACCAUGCAGAACCAGAGGGGGCCUCAUCUUCCAGCAGCCUUGUUUCAGCUUGGGCUGAUCGGCGGUUUUCUCUCUGCCCAGAAUCAGUAGCAGGUCCGGAUUUGGACAGUUCCGAGUGCUUUUUGCCAACCUGGUGUCUCUGUUCUGGUACAUCUACCUGGCCUCUCUGGGGAAGUGAAGAGGACCUGGAGUGAAUGCAGACACACUGCCCAUGUGGGUCUAGGGACCCACCUGCGUAGGGUGAGGGAGCAGAAACAACCUAGUCAGGACUUUAUCUGACUCCACAUCAUGUGACUGAAGAUGGAGAAACAAAUCUUUUAACGUAAGAACUUGUGUUUUAAAAAGGCAGUAACUAUCUUCAGGUGAUGCGGCCUUAGAGUCAGAAAAUACAGUAGUGUUGACUUCACUUGUCACCUUGAAUUGAAUUAGGACGACAAUAAACUAUAAUGCAGUUUU